UUGAAAUACCCAAACCGGAUGUACUUGAGAACCAUUGGCUAAUUCUCAGCACUGCACAGAAAAAUGGCUAUCUUUGCACUCGCUGAACUACCAGUCCGUUUUUUUUAAUUAAAACGUCUUCAUAUUAGACCGGGUAACAAAGACAACCAUGCGAGCGGAAGUGUGUGGGAUAGAAGUAGAAGCGGACGUCCGUGCCAGGCCGUGAAUGUCUCCGCGUGCGGCUAAAUCAGAUGGGGUCCGCUGUGAAAUCGGCUAAAAAAGGCGGAAGACUGCGUAUCAACAGACCGACCUGGUGAUGCUACACCGCUAGCCAGCUACCCGUUUUCUCCAACAUGCAGGAAUUGAGGACAACGGAUGAAACGUUUUGACUGACGGCACCUUUAUGGAACCGUGGCGGUACCGUUCGGAUUAACUUCACAGCACUGCUAGUUCACCUAAACUCAGAAUGUCGAGCAGGAGGAAGUCCACGACCCCCUGCAUGGUUCCUCCUCGGGAAGCGAUGGAAUCGGACCUGGAGUCGGAGGACAUCAUGGAUGAGUCGGAUCCGGAGGGCAGAAACGGACUGGAGGCGUUUUCCUCCGAGGUUCCCGUUCUGAUGGAGGACCAGGACGAGGACUUCAGACAGGACGUGGUGUCGGACCCCUAUUUGGACUUGAACACGGCAGAAGGAGGCUACGAGUGCAAGUACUGUAGCUUCCAGACGUCAGAGCUGAACCAGUUCACCAUGCAUGUGGACGCCGAGCAUCCCGACGUGGUCCUGAACACCUCGUAUGUCUGCAUGGAGUGUGACUACCACACCAAAAGUUAUGACACCCUCCUGGCUCACAACGCCCGCUUCCACCCGGGUGAGGACAACUUCACACGGACCAUGGUGAAGCGGAACAACGAGACCGUCUUCCAGCAGACGGUCAACGACCUCACCUUCGACGGGAGCUUCAUCAAGGACGAGGAAGACGAGCAGGAGGACACGUCUCGCAAAGCCAUCCCCCUCAGCAAGACCCCCAUCAUGAGGAUCAGGAGCAGAGCGGAGCCCAAAAAGUUUGCCGCGACACAAAAGACGCCUUUAGGCGAUGUCAUUAAAGUAGAGAGCGACGAUGAGGAGGACGGGGACAGAGAGCCGCCGGCGCUGUCUCCGGCGCCGAUGAACCUCUCCGCGGCCGUCACGCCUCGCCUGGUUCCCGUCACCACGCCGUUGCAGCUGCAGGCCGUGCCGCAGAGCAUCGUGGUCAACGCCCCCAACAUGCUGCAGAUCAAAGGCGGCUCCGGUGGGGGGGGCGCCGUGCUGCCACCGGAGACCUUGGCCCAGGUUCUGUCGGCCCUGCAGAACCAACACAACAGCUCGCAGACGCAGCUCCUGAUCCCCAUCAGCAGCAUCCCCACCUACAACACGGCCAUGGACAACAACGUUCUGCUGAUCGGCGCCUACAACAGGUUUCCGUAUCCAUCCGUCUCAGAGAUCACAGGUCUGUCCUCCCAGACGAAGUUCAGCGAGGAGCAGAUUAAAGUCUGGUUUUCAGCUCAGAGGCUGAAGCAUGGAGUCAGCUGGACGCCCGAGGAGGUAGAAGAGGCGAGGAGGAAAAAGUUUAACGGAACGGUCCAGUCCGUCCCUCAGACCAUCACCGUCAUCCCGGCCAACAUCGCCGCGGCCUCCAACGGCCUGCAGUCCAUCUUCCAGACGUGUCAGAUCGUGGGCCAGCCGGGCCUCGUCCUCACGCAGGUGGCUGGGAACAGCAGCGGCGUGCCCGUGGCGUCUCCGGUCACGCUAACCGUCGCAGGCGUGCCGGGAAAACAGCCAAAAGCCGCCGAGCCGUCGGCGUCCGAAGCCAGCACGGAGAUGCUGGCCUCGCCGAACAGCGGCGCUCUCGGCGUAGAUGCUUCAGGGUCGAAACCCAAGAAGUCCAAAGAGCAGCUGGCGGAGCUGAAGGCGAGCUACAGCCGGAGGCAGUUCGCCACGGAGGCGGAGAUCUCCAGACUCAUGCAAGUCACCAAAUUAUCUAAGCGAGCCAUAAAGAAGUGGUUCAGUGACACGCGCUACAACCAGAGGAACUCCAAGGAGCACCACAGCCUGCUCCUGGGCGAGCCUUUGCCCGGCAGAGCCGGCGCGGGCCGGGGAGGGCGGGGCAGCAGCCAUGGCGAGAACGUCGGCGGCGACCACACCGCCACCAUCGUGAUCGACUCGAGUGACGAUGCCAGCGACGCCUCCCCAACGUCAAACAACGCCCAGGGCUCGUCCGGAUCCACCAGCAGCCCGCGGGCCAAGUUCCGCAACGCCCUUCCAGACUUCACCCCGCAGAAGUUCAAGGAGAAAACUCCGGAGCAGCUGCUGGUUCUGGAGGCCAGCUUCCAGAGUUCAGACCGGCCUUCGGACGAGGAGCUGAGCCGUCUGCGCGCCGAGACGAAGCUGACGAGGCGGGAGGUGGACGCCUGGUUCACAGAGAGACGAAAGCUGCCUCUGCUGAGCGAGAAGCUCAGAGCGGGUCGCACGCCGCCGUCCUCCGCCCACGAGCAGCAGAGCGCUCCACCGCUCAGCAGGAAGGCCAUCAAGAAGACGCCGGAACAGAUCAACGUCCUGAAGAGGGCCUUCGUCCGCACACAGUGGCCGACGCCGGAGGAGUACGACAAGAUGGCGGAGGAGAGCGGCCUGCCGCGGUCCUACAUCGUCACGUGGUUCGGAGACGCGCGCUACGCCUGCAAAAACAACAACCUGAAGUGGUACUACCUCUACCAGAGCGGAAAGGUGGAAGAGGCGUUCAACGGCGGCACAAGAAGCCCCAAAAAGCCCCGGAAGCGGUUUCGCCUGGGGUCCAGGAGGUCGCGCCGGCCCUAUGCUUGCAAACGCUCGCCACAGGGGGGCGCUGGCGUCAUCAAGGUCAAAUCUGGUAAGGAGUUCCUGAAGGACUACUACCUCAAACACAGAGCUCUGAGCGAGAAGGACCUGGACGACCUGGUCACCAAGUCCAGCAUGAGCUACGAGCAGGUGAGGGACUGGUUCUCCCAGACCGCCAGGAGGGUGGAGGCGGGCAAGGAGCCUUUCAGCAACGAGGAGGAGGAAGGCGAAGAGGAGGAGGAAGAGGAGACGCCAGCGGAGGCAGCGGGAAGCGAAGGGGAGAUGGAGGUGAAGGAGCAAGGCGAGGAGGCAAAGGCCGACGGCUCGGUGAAGGGCGAGAGUGAGGACGGCUGUGAAAUGGAGGAGGAGCACAAGCUGCCAGGAGGCGAAGGCGUCAGCCAAUCCCAGCCGCCGGCAGAGGAGCAGACAUGAGCGGGUCCGGAUCUCCCUGACCUGCAGUGGAAACAUGGAAGAUGACGAACGCCAGCUUUCCUUCUCAUCUCCUGAGUCCGGACCAGCAGACAGACGGCUGCAGGAAACUAGCGAUGCUGAACAACGCGCUUGUGCCUUUUAGUAGAAACCGUGGUGCAGCUGUGGAUGACGGGGGCGUCAGAGCGGAGGCGACACGGCAGAAGCUUCUCCAUUCGGUUUGGCGGACGGACGGACGGACUGUAGGGACCAACCGCAGAACCAAACCAAAUGUCACCUCUGUACAGAUCAAAUGCCUUUGUUUGGAAGAGAACGCUGGCCUUUUCUGUGCAUUUUCAUAGAAAAACCGCAUGGAAAGGUGUUUUUGUAAACGCCAGGCCCCGCCUCCUUUCCUUUCCCCCAGAACCAGUCGGACAUUUUUCCUAAAGGAAUGUCCUCAAACCCAACUGUAAAACAUGAAGUUGUGAAUGAAAAGGUUUUCUGUGAAUAGACACUUCAGAUUAGUGCCAUUCUUUUUUUAACUUUCUUUAAAAAAAAAAGAAAAAAAUCUGCUAGAAAGAAUUCUUCCUUCAGUCUCUGAACGUUCUGCUUCUCUUUCGUUUUCCCAAAGCUGGAAUCUUUACGAACACAUGACUUCUUCUUAUCGUAACUGAAUUCCCUUCAGUUAAGGGGUGACUCCAUUUUACUGUUACUGUGGUAUUAAGAUUUCAUUUUUCAUGCAAACCUUUUGGGUCCGUUUCAUUGCAGCGGCUUCAGUUCAGCAGAAAAACCGAUUUGAGACCAGCAGAGCUUCAGAGAUCAGACGGCUGACAAAGGGAAACCACCGAAUAAAAGAGGUUCUGCCGUCGUGAAGCCAUGAAAACCUGUAGUCAAAGUCAAGCCCUGAAGCAAUUCAGAGGGUUUUAAAGCUCAACCAAAACUGUCUUUAAAAAAAAGACACUUUUUUCCUAAAGUAUAAAUAAGAUACAGCUUCACAUUUAUUAUCUGCUGACCUUCACAACGUCUACAUUUUAGAAUGUAGCUGCCGUUUUGGACCAGUUGGUCAUUUCUAGAGAUAAACGUCUAAUCCAGCCGCCUCUUCAGUUCACAUCAUAAAACUCUGCUUAUUUUCCAGAACCUUCAGCUAAAUUUAAGUCGGUUUAACAAACAAACUUGCGUCGGUCCUCUUUUGGGUCAAAGUGGUUUCAAACCACAAGGAUGCGGUCAAAUCCAUCACACGCCCUCAGGUCCAGAAUCACCUUUCAGACGGUUCUGAUGAAGCAAACGGGGAAAUUCAGGGCAAACUUUUACUCAGCAGAAGCUCAGGAAUUCCAUAUUCGAUUAAAAAAACUGAUCAAACAGAUGCAAACAAAGAAAAAAAAAAAGCACUUAGCGGC